CGCAGGCACGGUGUGAAAUCCCAGCGCCCUCACGUCCUGUGGUAAAAGCGGCGCUGCCGGGGGUCCCCGAGCCGGUUACUGCCGUGACAGGCGUUGGUUCCUCCCUCAGAAGGAGCGGUGCCGAGGUCACGUCUGGAGGCAUCUAAGGCGGUGCUAUAAGGAAACUGACAAAUAGCCCCCGGGAUGUUUCUCCGGUUACUCUCAGAUGUCCGGUGGCGGGCAGCUAACCCAAAAUGGAGGAGGAGGACGACGACGACCUGCUGCCGGCGAAGCACCUCGAGCACAGCAGAACCUCACCCCGUCUCCUUGCCGGCACGGGCGCAGGUUGUCAUCUGCGGUGGCGGGAUCAUGGGCACCUCCGUGGCGUAUCACCUCUCCAAGAUGGGCUGGAAGGAUAUAGUCUUACUGGAGCAGGGCAGGUUGGCUGCUGGUACCACCCGCUUCUGCGCGGGCAUCGUGAGCACGGCCAGGCACGUGUCCAUAGAGCUGAAGAUGGCAGACUAUUCCAACAAGCUCUACCAGCAGCUGGAACAAGAGACGGGAGUAAACACAGGGUACACGAAGACAGGCUCUAUUUCCCUGGCUCAGACUCAGGACCGGCUCAUCUCUCUGAAGCGCAUUGCUGCAUCGCUGAAUGUCAUGGGGAUACCUUGUGAAAUUAUCACCCCAAAGCAAGUGGCACAGCUCCACCCCCUCAUCAACAUCCAUGACCUUGUGGGGGCCAUGUAUGUGCCAGAAGAUGCGCUGGUGUCAUCUGCCAAUGUGAGUCUGGCUCUGGCAACCGCUGCCUCGCGGAACGGUGUGCAGAUCCACGAACGGACGAGUGUCAGCCAUGUCUCGGUCCAGAAGGGUCGUGUGACUGGAGUUGAGACCGACAGAGGACAGAUUCAGUGCCAAUACUUCGUCAACUGUGCUGGCCAGUGGGCCUAUGAGUUGGGCCACUCUGGGGAGGAACCAGUCAAUAUCCCACUCCAUGCCUGUGAACACUUCUACCUCCUGACCCAUCCUUUGAAGGAACCUCUGGCAAGCAACUUACCCACUGUCGUAGACCCGGAUGGCAGGAUCUACAUACGCAACUGGCAAGGUGGCAUCCUCUCGGGGGGCUUUGAGAAGAACCCCAAACCUCUCUUCACCGAGGGACGGAACCAGCUGGAGAUCCAGAACCUUCAGGAGGACUGGGAUCAUUUCGAGCCGCUCCUGAGCGCGCUCCUGCGCAGGAUGCCGGAUUUGGAGGCUCUGCAGAUCAUGCAGCUGGUGAACUGCCCCGAGUCCUUCACGCCAGACAUGCGCUGCAUCAUGGGGGAGUCACCCACCGUGCGGGGCUACUUUGUCCUGGCCGGCAUGAACUCAGCUGGUAUCUCCUAUGGUGGGGGAGCAGGCAAGUACCUGGCAGAGUGGAUGGUGAAUGGGUAUCCCUCAGAAAAUGUCUGGCCUCUGGAUUUGAAACGUUUUGGUACCCUUCAGAGCAGCCGCACCUUCCUCCGGCACCGCGUGAUGGAAGUCAUGCCCCUCAUGUGUGAUCUGAAGGUUCCCCGCUGGGACUUCCAGACGGGCAGGCAGCUGCGUACGUCGCCCUUGUACGACCGGCUGGACGCCCAGGGGGCCAGGUGGAUGGAGAAGCACGGAUUUGAGAGAGUCAAGUACUUUGUCCCACCUGGGAAAGAUCUGCUGGAUUUGGAUCAGAGCAAAACCUUUUACAAGCCGGACUGGUUUGAUAUUGUGGGUUCGGAGGUGAAGUGCUGUAAGGAAGCGGUUUGUGUCAUUGACAUGUCGUCUUUUACCAAGUUUGAAAUAAGCUCCACGGGAGACCAGGCCCUGGAGGCUCUGCAGUAUCUCUUCUCCAACGACCUGGAUGUGCCGGUGGGGCACGUGGUGCACACGGGCAUGCUUAACGAGAAGGGAGGGUACGAGAACGACUGCAGCAUAGCACGGCUGAGCAAACGCAGCUUCUUCAUGAUUUCCCCAACUGACCAACAAGUCCAUUGCUGGGCCUGGCUGAAGAACCGCUUGCCCGAUGACAGCAACCUGACCAUGGAGGACGUGACCUGGAAAUACACAGCUCUCAAUCUGAUCGGCCCUCGUGCUGUGGAUGUGCUGUCAGAGCUGUCCUACGCCCCGAUGACUCCAGAGCACUUUCCCUCUCUCUUCUGCAAGGAGAUGAGCGUGGGCUACGCUAACGGCAUCCGCGUGAUGAGCAUCACUCACACAGGAGAGCCUGGGUUCAUGCUUUAUAUCCCCAUAGAGUACGCCCUUCACGUCUACAAUGAGGUGAUGAACAUGGGGCAGAAGUACGGGAUUCGCAACGCCGGUUACUACGCCCUCCGCAGCCUGCGCAUCGAGAAGUUCUUUGCCUUCUGGGGCCAGGAUCUGGAUGCCUUUACCACUCCCAUGGAGUGUGGACGCGAGUUCCAGGUCAAGCUGGAAAAGGGAAUGCAGUUUGUUGGCCAGGAGGCGCUGCUGGAGCAGAAGCAGCACGGCGUGUACAAGCGCUUUACCAUGUUCAUCCUGGAGGACCACGACACGGACACGGACCUCUGGCCCUGGUGGGGGGAGCCCAUUUUCCGCAACGGCCGUUACGUGGGCAAGACCACCAGCAGCGCCUACAGCUACAGCCUGGAGCGCCACGUCUGCCUGGGCUUCGUGCACCACUUCGACGAGAAGACGGGAGAAGAGCUGGUGGUCACCACUGACUUCAUCAACCAGGGCGAGUACGAGAUCGACAUCGCCGGGCAGCGCUUCCAGGCCAAAGCCAAGCUCUACCCCUUCAGCUCCCUCUUCACGCACCGGCGCCGCAAGGACGAGGUGGAACUGAGUGGCUACCAGAGGGAGUAGCGCUGAUGAGACCUCACCCGCUCCUCAUCCCACGCUGGAGUCUUCUCCCACCAUCUUCCAGUCCUUUCUCCUCACCCCCUUACGUUUCUUUCUUUCUCGUCUUGCAACUUUUAAACUUUUUCCAGUGUGCUACCUUUUGUAUAUUUUAAAACUUGGAUUUUCGAGCUUUCCCCCAUCCUGGCUGUCUCCCUCCUUCAGCCCUUCGCUCGCCAGGCUUCCCCGUGCCCCGGUGGCUGAGCCUGCAUCCAGGAGUUGGUGGGAAGCCUGUUGUAGGAGUGAACCCCCCCCCAGAGGCCCUCACGGUGAGGGGAAGGGUUCGGGUGAAGCCCUGAGGAUGACACCCUUCCUCUCUCCAGCGUAAAGCGUCAGGACAGCGGGGAUUUGCUGCCAAAGGCUGUGAUUUCACCCCCUUCUCAUAUCACGUCGUGGAGGGGUGGGUGCGUCGGCGCGCGCGGCAGUAGGACCAUCAGCUACCUCACCGGCACGGGGCACAGCGGGGCAUCAGCGGCACCGAGGGACGGGUUUUUGGGAUAGCCCAGCCCCUCACUGCCCCCGUUUGCCCACCAGUUUUUCUCCCCUAACGAGGAGUCAAGUAGAUUUAAAUCGUCGGGUCGUUGAGAUGACAGCAGCGCCGGUAAGUUUGUUGGGGUUGGGGACUGGAUUUUCUGCGUGGGGUCACUGAAACUCAAAGGCCUUCUAUAAAUAUAAUGGGAGAUCAACACGUGUGUUUCAAUUCUGUAAAGGAACGGGAUUUGUUGGCAUUUUUCUAUUAGCAAAAAUGCUGUUUUCUGACGAGGACAGAUGUUAAUGUUUAGUGUUAGUGGCAGUGUUGAAAUGCUGCUUCCCUUUCAGCUGCACAGCGCGUAGUCUCUGUGGGGAUUUUCUUCCCUCUGUUUAUGUGGCUGGGUGAAGCUGGUCUGGCAAGGGUCAUGUAAGACUUGGGGUGGUUUGGGGAACUUGAGCAGCAGGGAGGGGACAUCAUCUUGUGUUUUCAGCUGUCUGUGGUGAUUUUGCAAUUAGAGGGAAAGACCCAGCAUUUUUUUUUUCACCAGUGGUGCUGGCAGUAUUGCAAGAAACACGGGGUUUUCUCUUGGUGGUGAGAGAGAGCAUCUCAGCACCUCCAGAACUUGUCUUCUGCUUUUCUCCUCAAACCCAUUGCACCUCUUCCUUCUCUCUCUUCAUAGUCCCUCAGCUGAAGGGAUUGAACGGAGGGAGUGGAGGGUUUGUGGUGGGGGGAUUAUAAAUUGCUUUCCUUCAGCAAAGCUCUUUGCCAUCAGGCUCCUUCUUCUUCCCGUUGUGAGCACAAUCAAAAGCAAAGAUUCUCUGUAUUUACUUGAAAAACAUCUGUUAAAUGUUUUCCAUGCCUCUGCCAGCUGCACACUUCGCUAUGGUCUUUCUGCUCCAGCAUCUUUCUGGAGUUCAGCCACAACCUUGCACUGAUGUCUGCCCUGUCAGCCGUGAUGAACACUUUCUCUAUGACCCAGAACCUUUUUUUGGGCACUUUCUUUUCCAGUUAAAUGUUGAGCAUCAGUAGUGUAAAUAUGAGCUCAAAACCUUGCCUGGGUCUUGUCUGAAGUUUGCUUUUUGCUACUUGAGUUGCUUUGGUUGAGUCUGUGGUCUGGCAGUUCACCAUCCAGAGGUUCUCAGCGCGCAGGAGGAGUCUGAUGGCCCUGAGGCAGCAAAGGGGAAAGUCCCAAACCUUUACACCCAGGUGUAAAGCCAAGGUACAGAAGCUGUGAAACCUGGGAGAGGCAGGGAAGGGUGUAAGAAAAUUCAGGAUUUUGAGCAUGUGGGGUAGUAGGUUGAUGUCACUUCUUUGAGCGUGUUCUGCCUGGUGAAGGGUGAGUUCCUUUGUGGUGUGUGACCUCUUCGAGGACUGCAAUCUUACUUCCAAAUUGACGUGUAGAAAUUCCCCGGUCUCUGGAAUGUAGUGACUGUAUCUUCUGGGGAAUCUUGCAAGUUGAGAAUACCCUGCACGGUGGCUCUUGGAGGCAGAGGUUGUCAUUUAUUCCAAGUUCCCCUCUUAGUGCUCUCCAGGUUAAAAUUUUGCCUGGCCUAUCAGGAUUAAUUGCUUAAACAGAAGGUUCAUAAGGCAUCUAGUAGCAGUUUAAAACCCAAUCGCUUCUUUCCUGCAUGGAGGGAUACUGUGAUCCUGCUAUUCCCAUGGGAUGUAUGUGCCAAGGAGGACCUUGGUCCCUCCCUUGGUUUGGUGGGAUGUUGCUGUGCCUUCCUCAUCCAGGGGGAUGGACCUUCAACCAAGGAAGGAGCUUUGUACAUGGCGCUUGGGAUGUGUCUUAGAGCAGCCCUUCUGAUGAGAGUUUAUUGACCGUUUUUCGUCACUGGUGUGAUACUUGUUCAGGAGAAAACAGAGCUGAGGGGAGCUCAAGUACUUAAUGCUGCUCCCAAAGAGAGAUUUUGAGCUCGAAACCAUCCAGUUUGUUCUCUGCAGAGUUAGAACUAGUUAAGACCAACCUGGAAAGUUACCUGCGUGAUGGCCUCUACCAACCGCCCGUUCCUGAAGCAUCAUUUUAAAUCACAGCCUCAUUAUGUUCCUCCUUGGGAUUAUUUUUCCUUUUCCCUAACUUUUUAGGAGCCCACUAGUUCCGUGGACAACUUCUGAUGCGGGUGUCUCUUCCCACAGCGGUUCUGACGAUGAGAGUGUCUUCCCUGGGCUACUCUGGGUCAUUAUGUCUGCUUUGCUGUGUCUAGAUCUCUUGACUUCAUGUACCAAAAAUAGAGAGUGAACAUAAGUCCCCAUCACGUCGAUAGAGAGAGCACUUUGUGUGAUGUUGUGUUUGCUGUUGGAGACAGGGGUGGGCGGCCAGAUAAUUGUCCCUCUCGCAGCUCGUUAACUCCUGCCCUGCCUUUCCCUGCUAUGAAUUCUGAUCCUUGUUUUAUAUCUUGAACCUUUAGAGUGUUAUAGAAUAAUUUGACUUCACACACUUGAACACCCCUCGAGGGGGGGACAAUUGGAUACCCUGUUUUAAAAUAGUGCUGGGUACCGACACCGAGGAAGGGCCUUCUAGUGUCGUGUUUGCUUCCCGAGGUAUUAAAAGGGUGAUGUAAGGCUCUAAUCCCUUUAUCUGAUGACUAAAAGUAGGGUGCCUAAAAAAAGAAACAACGAAAUCAGUCACACCUUCAAAUUAGAAAAUGAGAAAUGGGAUCUUGGAGGCUGCUGUGGCACCGUCUUGGCGUCCACGACGCUGAGCAGCGUGGCCUGCAAAGUUCUACACCGUGGGUCUCAUCCUUAAACCUGCCCUCAAACACUUUCUGCCGAGGGAAAAAGGGGGUUUGUUCUCAUUCUGCCUGGUGGAAAGACUGUGAACCUGGGGUGGGAAAUGCCAAAAUAGCAUCCCCCUCCUCUGCAGCGAAGAGGGGUCACGGCCUCGUUCCCUGCGCGUCGCGGGGGCGUUACCGGUUCUCCGUGCCUUGCAGGGAUGGGAGCAGCCCCCUAGGUUCUGUUCAGGCAGGCAGCUCUGCCAGAGAAACACUCAGAGGAAAGCCAAGUGGGGCUUGGUUUGGGGAAAUAAUUUUAUCUUUUGGGCUAAAAUAUUAUAGGUUGGGCAUAACCCAUUUUAGGAUAAACUUAAUACCCAUCAGUGACAAGGAGAGCGUGGCCUGUGGGAAGAUACCCUACUGGAGGGGUGUUGUGUUUGUGGGAUUGUGUUUUCUUCCCCCAAAAAUCAGCCUCUGAGUGGGUUUGCUGACGUGGGGGUGGUGAAUCCAUCUCUGUGGGAAGGGCUGGCUUGUCCCAGUGUCAUCUGCAGAGUAGCGUGGGCACCUGUGAAGGAGGUGGCACUUGCUGGGCAGCCCCUUCCAGUAGGUGAUUUUCUCCCCGGGGUAUUCCCUUGGCUCACCCUUGUUGCAUCCUUUCCAAAGUUCUCCUGUUUUACUGAGUGCUGAGAGGCUGGAAUAAAAAUGGUGUUAGAGAAGAAGGACUUUAUUGAGAAGAAGGACUUUAUUGUUCAUACUUAACGAUCUGAGGAUAAAAUUAAAGCAAUUAGGAGUGAUGUUUUCUGUUUCAGGAGGAUGUGCUGCAGGGAUUUUCACAUCUGUCUUUGCUGGGCUUAGUUCCUUCUUUUUUUCUCUCUCUUGUUUUGUUCUGCUGACUCCAGUGUCUGGGUUUCAUGUGCGUUGUUGGACAGUUUCUCCUUAUUAUUAUUUGUGGCCAGGAGGGGAGGCUCUGUGAAACCUCCACUGCGUCUCCAGGUCUUGGGGUAAGCUUGGAUUUCCCCACCUUUCCCCUUUUUACAUUCAGGCUGCCCCCGACCACGUUGCUGUUCCUCCCACACCUCCCCAUCCAGCCUCUGCUGCUGCUGCUGCUGCAGGACCUCUGGUGAGCAAGGUUCUCCUCGCUCUGCCUGGUGCUUCAUCGUCAGGGCCAGGCUGGCUCUACAUCUCUCUCUCUCUCUCACGAGGGCAGAAGUUAUUCUGACCUAAACCAGAACACUUACCUGCUGCUAACCUCCAGCAAAACCUCUGCAACCUUCAGAUUCGUCUUCCCAAAUGUUUUUAUUACAGUACUCGGUCAGGUUAGUUUCCAUCCAUUUCAGGAUGCUUUUUUUUGUUUUAAACUACCUUUCCCUUAGAUGAUUGUUUGGAUUAUGUUUUGUUUUUUUUUUUAAAAAAAAGCUUUCAGGACUUGGGGUUAAUGCCAUCAGAUGACUUCAAGCCAUCUCCUAAAAGCAUUUGGAAAUUUUCUUUGCACUUUAAACUUUCCUUAAGUGUUGGGAUUGUAGCCGGCGCACGGCCCUCGGCAGGAGCAGGCUUUGCGCUUGGGGGACAAAAAAACAAACCACUUUAAGUGUUUGCAAACGCCUUAAAGCUUUAGGUGGGGUGUUUGGGCACUGGUUGUUGGGAGAUAUUGCCUGUGGGGAACGAGGGAUCUCCGCGGGGGUGGGAAACUGUAACGAAAGAGGCACCGGAGAAAGGUGUUGGCUUUAAUAUUUAUGGAUUUGUGGGUACCGGGGAGCUGUCAGCACCGUCCCAAUUCAAUCCCAGUUUGAUCCAUUUUGGGUGGUGGAAGAAAAAGUCCUUCUGCUGUGGCACCACCGAGGUUUCUUCCACCCUGCAAAUAACUUGUCCUGGGGAACAAGGGUCUCACUUGCACCCUUUUUCCAGUAUAACCAGGGGCUGGGUAACGUCCCUGAAGUCUUGACUGGGUUCUCCUGCGCCUCGUGGACAGGUGACCCAAGCCGUGCUGGGGGACGGGAGCAGGUCUGCACCCUGCUGUUUCCAGGCAGCUGGAAAUUUCCAGAUGGUGUCUCCCGGAUCCUGGGGAAGGGUUGGGGAAGGCCCUUUCUGGCCCAGACGGACCCCUGGCCUCUGCUCUGGGACAGGUCCCUCCAGCAGAGACUGCCAUCUCCUGAACUUCACCAGUACAUCCCAUCCCCACCAUCAGCUGCACCAGUUCACUUCUCCAAAGCCCCUUCGUGCUUUCAUUGGUCUCCUGAGACCAGAUUCCCAAGGGCUGGUGGGGGGGACGUCGGGAGGGGGACGUCGGGAGUGUGCUGGGGCAGAAGUUUUCAGAACAACUGAAGCUGGACCCUGUGGAGACGUUGGGUGGUUGUUUUUAUUUUCUAGUGCCUUACGCUUGUGAAUGUUGUGGGGUGGGUGGAGCUGAGGUGGGACAGAGCGAGGAGUGACGUUGGUGGCCUGGUUCCCCUGCUCCACCGCGGCCACCUCCCUCUCCCCUGGCGGGGUCUCAGCAAGGAGACCCCGGCACUAAUUAAAAAGCGAUGCUUUUUAAUGAAUCCCUUUGAGCCUGGGGGUUGUGGGCAUGUUCAGCUGGAACACCUGGCAGCGCGUGGUGGGCUUGGGAGAGGAGCUGGGGCUCUUGGCUCCACCAGUUUGGGACCCGGAGGGGUUUGGGAGGGACAAAGCCACUCUGGGGGCCCGAGGACGUGGAGGGUCAUGCCCAGGCUCAGCUGGUGGGGUGAGGUUGCUGCUCCCUGCUGAGGCCAGGCCGUUCACGUGUGCUGUAUUUACACCCUGCUUGGGUUCAUUGGCUGGUUUGGGUUGGCCUAGGCGUCCCUAGGUUUGUAUAUCAAUAAAGAGCCGUUUUAACUAC